GUCACAGUGUUGCAUAUUUUUUUACAACACAGGUCAGUGUAUGAAUUAUGGGCCCAUGGAACAACCUAUGCGGAACUAAAUGCUGCUCUACGGCAGCUACCAGACACUUUUACUGAGCCCCAUGUGAAAUGUCAGGAAUCUUACAGAUUUCAUGUUACAUCGUUCAACAAGUCUAUACCCAACAAGGAGAAAAUCAAGAAAAUUGAGAGUCUGGCCUCAGAUGUAUUAGACUUUCAAGGGAAAGUUGAUCUGAAGAAUGCCAAACACAGUUACCAUAUUGUUGAACACUACGGACCAUUUCCUCAACUUCCCACAGAGGAACCUGUUGAUAUCUACUUUGCUAAAUGGAUUGCAGAUGGUCAGAGAGAAAAGAUAAAUGAAUUUCAUCUUCAGAAGCGACAUUUUAUAGCCAAUACAAGCAUGGAUGCAGGUCUAUCUAUGAUUAUGGCUAAUAUAGGAAAAGUGGAGAAAAACAUGCUCGUAUUUGAUCCGUUUGUAGGCUCUGGAAGUUUACUUGUAGCAGCGGCUAUCCAUGGAGCGUAUGUUUUAGGAACAGACAUUGAUUAUCUACUGCUGCAUGCUAAAGCCAGACCAAGUCGUUGUAACGAGAAGAAAAGAGCAGCAGAUGAGAGUAUCAGAUCUAACCUCCGCCAGUAUGGUCUUGACCACCUGUAUAUUGAUGCUUUAGUAGCGGACUCCUCUCGUUCUAACAUGUGGAGAAACAAUACAUUGUUUGAUGCAAUUAUCACUGAUCCACCUUAUGGUAUAAGAGAAGGAGCAAAGAAGGUUGGGACCCAAACAGUAGAUGUGACAAUAGAUGAAGACUUGAAAACCAGUGGUAACCACUACCCACAGAGGCUUGAUUACCAUCUGUCAGAUAUCUUCAAGGAUCUUCUGAAUUUCUCAGCAAAAUAUCUGCACAAAAAUGGUCGACUUGUAUACUGGUUUCCAGUUUCCAUACAGACGUAUACUGAAGAAAAUAUUCCAACACAUCCCUGUCUACAGAUGGUACACAACUGUGAACAAAAACUGAACACCAGACUCUCUAGAAGACUUAUAACUAUGGAGAAAGUUAAAGAUUUUUCUGAUGGUAUACAAGAAGCCGAGGUGAGAGUGGACCACUUUCAGGAAGCUACAUUCAGGGAGAUGUACUUUAAUGACUCAAAUCUACAGAAAGAGAAGACUGUAGGAAUAGUGAAGGAAAGGACUGGAGGAAGAGAUAAAUUGACAAAUAAAGUGGAAUGUUUAGAUGUUGAUGACACUUGACCAGCUUCUGUUUUGAUGUUUAAAAUUUUGCUAUUUCUGUGAUUUUUUUUCAUGUCGGUUUUAAAGAGAUAAAAGCAAAAAUAAAAACAUUUCAACAUUUUUUUUUUUCAAAUAGUGCACAUUGGUUCGAGCUCCACUGGGGUAACAACCACGCCUUCUCAUAUGACACCAGAACUGGUUUUUCCAGGAAGCAGACUCGAGAAUGGUUCAAAUAAGUUUGAAGAUUUCAUCACAAUCAAGCUAAAAUAAAUUAGUAUAAACUAAAUAGUGUUGUGAAUAGCUAGAAAGCUGACCUAUCAGCAGUGAUAAAGAAAGUAGUACAUUAUGUAAUAAGGUCCACAGUGGUGAGAAGAAAUAUAUGUUUCAUAGAUAGUUCCCUAUUUUUUUAACAUUUAUCACCCUUGAAAAGCUUAGCAGCCAUUAUGGGGGCAAAGUUCUAGAUGUCCAUAUUAUUUCGGUGGUUCUACCCAGGUGUCCGCUCGUGAUGAAAUAAUGCACGGAGGGGCACCUGAGGUCUUCCUCCACCAUCAAAGCUGGAAAGUUGCCAUAUGACCUUAUAACUGUGUCGGUGCGACGUUAAACCCAACAAAAAAAAAAACACAUGUAAAGACUAGAUGUUUUGUAGAAAAGUACGUCUCCCCAAAAGCAUAGUAGUAAUAGGCAAGAAGUCAGUAGGGGACAGGAGCGAAAAAGUUUAAAAAAGGGAUCAUCUUCUCAACAUGUCCAAUCAUCCCAUUAAGUUUCAAUGUUCUGGGUCAAGUGGGUCUCAAGUUACGGAUCUGAUAUGGUUUUCCAUGUUCUGGCCCCUUUGACCUUAACAUAAGAAAGAAACAAUCAAUAUGGGUCAUCUACUCUGCAUGUCCAAUCAUCCUAUGAAGUUUCGACAUUCUGGGUGAAAUGUUUCUCAAGUUACUGAUCAGAAAAGCUUUUCAAUGUUCAGGCCUCUAUGACCUUGACCUUUGAGUGACCCCAAAAAUGAUAGGGGUCAUCUACUCAAUAAUGCCCAUCACCCAAUGAAAUUGGAAGGUUGUAGGUCAAAUGGUUCUCCAGUUAUGAUGGGAAAUGAAGUGUGAUGGAUGGACGGACAGGGAUGUGUGUAAAGGUCAUUUAGCAGUAAUAAGGUCAAAAAUAUGCUUUGUGGUGUAGUCGAAAAGAACUCCCUGAUAGAUAGUCCUGAUCGUUCUAUUUAUGUCUCUCCCCACCCCCCUCUAGGGGAGUCAUAUUGUUUUUGCCCUGUCUGUCCGUCUGUCUGUACCUCACACUUCAUUUCCGAGUAAUAACUGGAGAACCAUUUGACCUAGAACCUUAAACUUCAUAGGGUGGCAGGGCUUAUGGAGGAGAUGACCCCUGUUGUUUUUGGGGUCACUCCAUCCAAGGUCAAGGCCACAGGGGCCUGAACAUGGAAAACCAUUUCCGAUCAAUAACUUGAGAAUCACUUGACCCAGAAUGUUGAAACUUCAUAGGAUGAUUGGUCAUGCAGAGUAGAUGACCCCUAUUGAUUUUGGGGUCACUCUGUUGAAGGUCAAGGUCACAGGGGCCUGAACAUGGAAAACCAUUUCUGAUCAAUAACUUGAGAACUACUUGACCCAGAAUGUUGAAACUUCAUAGGAUGAUUGGUGAUGCAGAGUAGAUGACCCCUAUUGAUUUUGGGGUCACUCCGUUGAAGGUCAAGGUCACAGGGGCCUGAACAUGGAAAACCAUUUCCCAUCAAUAACUUGAGAACGACUUGACCCAGAAUGUUGAAACUUAAUAGGAUGAUUGGUCAUGCGGAGUAGAUGACCUCUAUUGAUUAUUGGGUCACUCCAUUAAAGGUCAAGGUCACAGGGGCCUGAACAUGGAAAACCAUUUCCAAUCAAUGACUUGAGAACCACUUGAUUCAGAAUGUUGAAACUUCAUAGGAUGAUUGGAUAUGCAUAGUAGAUGACCCCUAUAGAUUUUGGGAUCACUCUAUUAAAGGUCAAGGUCACAGGGGCCUGAACAUGAAAAAACAUUUCCGGUCAGUAACUUGAGAACUACUUGACCCAGAAUUGAAACUUCAUAGGAUGAUUGGACAUGCAGAGUAGAUGACCCCUACUGAUUUUGGGGUUACCCAAUCAUAGGUCAAGGUCACAGGGGCUUGAACAUUGAAAACAGUUUCCAAUUUAUAACUCGAGAACCACUUAGCCCAGAAUGUUGGAACUUUUCGGAAUGAUUGGACAUGCCAAAUAGAUGAUUCCUAUUGCAUCCAGCCCCAAGUGUUGCUUUGACUUUUGCUUCUGUCCCCUAUUGACUUCCUGCCUAUUUUACUAUGCAUUGGGGGAGACAUGCGCUUUUCUACAAAGGCAUCUUCUAUUUUCAGCAUAUUUGUGCUUGAACUGGAGGCCAAAUAGGCAUUAUUUUGCAUAUGGAAUGUAUUUUACUUUUAACAAGACACAUUUCAUGCUUAUAUUCACAUGUUUUCAAGUUAUUUAAUCAAAAGCGAAAGUAGGGUGUUUUUUCUAAGGACCGCACUCUAAGAUGUGGCAAUAUGAGAGUACCCGACUUCAGUUGACUUGCAUUUCACUGCAUACUAUUCAACACCCCUUUUUCUUUUCAUUUUCAUGAAACAAAUGUAUGUAUGUUUUGUGGAAAAUAGAUCUCUGAUGGAGUGAAAAUCUAGAAACUGUAUCAACAUGGAUCUAAAGUGACUGCAUUUUAUAUGAAGCAAAGAAUUUUUGUACCCCCCAACAACAAAGUUGUAAGGGGGGGUAUACUGGUUUCAGGUUGUCUGUCUGUCUGUCUGUCCGUAGACGCAAUCUUGUGCGCACCAUCUCUCCUUAUCCCCUUGACAGAAUUUAAUGAAACUUCACACAAGUGAUCAGUACCAACAGUAGUUGUGCAUGGGGCAUGUUAGGUUCUUUUAGAAAAAAAAUUUGCAGAGUUAUGGGACUUUGUUUUUUUGUUACUAUACUAUAUACAUAGACACAAUCUUGUGCGCACCAUCUCUCCUCAUCCCCGUGACACAAUUUAAUGAAACUUCACACAAGUGAUCAGUACCAACAGUAGUUGUGCAUGGGGCAUGUUAGGUUCUUUUAGAAAAAAAAUUUGCAGAGUUAUGGGACUUUGUUUUUUUGUUACUAUACUAUAUACAUAGACACCAUCUUGUGUGCACCAUCUCUCCUCAUCCCCGUGACACAGUUUAAUGAAACUUCACACAAGUGAUCAGUAACAACAGUAGUUGUGCAUGGGGCAUGUUAGGUUCUUUUAGAAAAAAAAUUUGCAGAGUUAUGGGACUUUGUUUUUUUGUUACUAUACUAUAUACAUAGACACAAUCUUGUGCGCACCAUCUCUCCUCAUCUCCUGGACACAGUUUAAUGAAACUUCACACAAGUGAUCAGUAACAAAAGUAGUUGUGCAUGGGGCAUGUUCUGUUCUUUCAGAAAAAAAAUUUGCAUAGUUAUGGGACUUUGUUUUUUUGUUACUAUACUAUAUACAUAGACACAAUCUUGUGCGCACCAUCUCUCCUCAUCCCCUUGACACAAUUUAAUGAAACUUCACACAAGUGAUCAGUAACAACAAUAGUUGUGCAUGGGGCAUGUUAGGUUCUUUCAGCGACAAAAAUUGCAGAGUAACGGGACUUUGUUUCUUGUUAACAUACUAUGUACAUACAGUCUGCAUAUGCAAUGUUGUGUGUGCCUAAUCUACCAAACCCUUGUACACAAUUUAAUGAAACUUCACACAAGUCAUCAGUACCAACCCUAGUUGUGCAUGGUGCAUGUUACAUUCUUUUAGAUAAAUAUUCUGCAUAGUUAUGGGACUUUGUUUUUUGUUACUAUACUGUAUACAUACAGUCUAUAUAUAUACAGUCCACAUAAUUAUGCAAUCUUGCGUGCAUCAAAUUGCAAUGUACUGUGUCAGUGCAUGCAGGGGGGUACAUUCAUCACCUUUAGUGAUAGCUCUAGUUUUUAUUGGUAUAUAACCAAAAGCAUCUGCAAGAAUAUAAUUAUGUUCUUUAUCGUUUGAUUGAACCUAUGUCUGUUGGGGACAUGAUAACUAGUGAGACUGUGGAAAGUCUAGUGUUAACUAUGUAGAGAGAUUAGAGAGAGCAAUGUACUAUAAAACAACAUUGAUGAGUGGCAUGCUUCAGGCAGGCCUUUGAAUGACAAUCUGGUAGGUCAAGUGGGAACAAAUAUUACUAUUGUUUAUAAUUUUU